AUGGGGGCGUCGGGAUCGGGAGGCAACGAGCCCGGCGGACGGCCCUGGACGGCGACCAGCACGUGGGCCCCCGGUCCCGCCGGCGGGACCGUGGAGGACGCUGUCUCGUUCGAGACCUCCGACGACGACGCGGAGGCGUCACUGGCGGGCGUCGUGCUCUGCCACCCGCCGGCCGACUCGGACGGCGACAUGGCUCCCUGCCCCUGCGAGGUCACUGUUAGUUUCAGGGGAAAGUAUGAGAUUCACAGGGUAUAUGUGCGAAGCACAGCUCGGAUAUAUGAACUAUACCACUCUCCUGAUGCAAAGGGUACCAGCAAGGAUUAUCUAUGCACUGUGCGUUGUGGACUUGCUGUUAAAGAACCGCAGCCCUGUGGUGAAGAAAUUAUGUCUCAGUGGACUGGCAGUGCUUUAAACAGUGACAAGCGUGAACAUGAGGCAAAAAGUGUAAGCAGUGGUAGUGAUGAAGAUAGUUGGGUUGAUGUCAAGAUUCCAGAAUCUCCUGCACGAAAUAAAACACUAGAAUCUGAAGAUAGGAAUGUGAUUCGAACCUGCCAAGAAAAUACUCUGGCACACUAUGAAGCUACUGCCGAGAUGACUGAUGUGAACCCAUGUGUAUCUCUUACCAUCCGUCUUCUAUCACUUCAGUCAAAGACAUCAGUGCACAUUGAGGAGAUCUACAUAUUUGCGGAUCCUGUUGAGUUCACCAAUGAUGAUUCAGUAAGAGGGAUAGAAAGUGGAAUGAGCCCUAUAAUUGGUGGUGCAGUAUCUGAUGAAAAAAGUAGCGAAGGUGAGUUCCAGUUCAAGGACCCCGAUUCUCAUCCAUUACCUGUACAAACAUUAGAAAGUACACAAGCGCCAUCAGUGAAGGACCAGCGAGAAUUGAACACAGGUCAUCUUGCUAAUCCCCUCGUGAAUGAAAACUUUACUCCUUGUAAUCAUAUUGAGAGAAAGUUGGAUACUCUGCUCUUGAAGGUAGAGAAGAUGGAAUUAUAUUGCUCAAGGUUUGAGGACAACAUGAUAAAGCCCCUUGGUAGCAUUGAGGCAAGGCUUCAACGACUGGAGGAACAGUUUAAUUCGUUCUCUGUGGAUAUUCAGUCUUUGAGAGGUUCUUCUGCAUUUACCUCAGCACCAGAUGGUAUGUCUAAUACAACGAGCUCACAGGAGGAAGCACAUAAUGAUGCUAAUGAUAAAAGUACUCCUACAACUGACAGGAAGCCAGGUUUAGUUGUCAGGGCGCCAGAUUUUAUGUCAGAUGAUUCCUGUUGUUAUAAUGUAAUAACUAAUGGAAACCAUGUUAAUUUUCGUGGGCCUAAUGUGGUGCCAAGGCUACUUGUAAAGGUCCCUGAUUCUAUUGCUCAACCUGAGCUAACUGAUGGAAACCUUCAUGAUGGGCCUGCUCUAUCCUCUGAAAAGGAGCGUAAAACUUCCCCAGGUUUAGUUGUCAAGGUUCCUGAAUUCCCAGAUGAUGAUGAUGAUGAUGACGAAGUGGAAGAAAAGAAACAAGCUGAAGUUUGUGGUGAUGGUGAUGAUCACACAUGGUCUGAUGAUACUCCGAGGAAAAGCACAGCUGGCAACACCAAGAGCAAAAACACUGUAUCUAUCAAUGGUGCAUUGGCGUCUGCAUUGGAGGCAUUACUCACUUCUACCAAAGAAACAUCAUCUUCGAAACCUGCUGUUUGCACUACCAGUAAUUUAUGUGCUGAAAAUAUCGAUAAUUCCUUCAGUUGUUCCCUUUCUCCUGGAAAAACUUGUGAGAUGUCCACUAAAGAUGGUUCAGCUGACCAAUUUCUGGGUGCAUCUGGUGAUGCAAAUUUGGUCGGUGGCUUCAUAUCUUCUCCGGAUAUUGACACAACUCCACAUAAUUCUCUCUCAAAGGAAAUGUUGGAUAGCAGGGUUGAGAUAAAUGAACAGAACGAUGAUAUCAAUACAUCAAAGGUGGCAUUUGUUGCAAUCGCAGAACCAUUGGAUGUUCCCUCACAGACUGAUACAAUUGAGGAAUCUAUUGAUGAUGGAAAUUGCGUGAAUAGACAAAACAAUGGUCCUAAUUUGAAUGCAAUGCCAUAUGUUGUGAAUACUGGACCUUUGGAUCCUCCUACAGUUUUUGAACCUGUUGAUAGUGGGGUUGAGGUGAAUGGAAAUAGACCUUCCAUAUCCUUGGUGGAGUUUCUUGCAGCAAGGAAUGCUAGCUCUUGUAAGAAUGGUACUUCUGAGGUAUGCCUUGGUAAUGAUGGUGCUGAAAAACUGUCUUUUGAGAGAACAUCGGCUAGAGCUGAUAAAAAUUCGAAAAAUAUCAGUCAACUUCUAGUGAAGAGAGCUCUUGAAGUCGAUGCAGAUGAGGGAAUUUUUUUGUCUAGUGUACCCAUUGGGGCAAAAUUUGAAGGAUCAAGCAGUAAUGCCCCCAGAACUAGGGGUGGCGAUAUUAAUAAUACGAAAGCAGCAGUCUCAGAUGAGGAAUGUGGCCUGAAAAGUACAGAGAAUGGAUUUAGGCCUUCUUCAAUGAUGGACUCUAUAUUUUCUCAGUAUCAUGCUACAGAUUCCAAUAAAAAAUUGAUUGAGAACAGCAGUUUGGACUGGAGUCUAGAUGAGAGUUUUUCAAAACAGAAUGGGGAACAUUCCUGUUCAAGUUCGAUUAGUAUGGGUAUGGAGUCGUUUAGUGGAGCACCUGCCAGAGAACCUAUUAUUUCAGGGAAUGACACGUCAGGAAACUACGUUGAAGAUCUUGCAGGCAUUGGAGAUCGUCCUGUUGCAACACUAAUUUCUGGGGAAGAGCUGCAAAAGGUUUGUGAUUUACUUUAUGAGUUUAAGGAUGACAUGCUGGCCAUGACCUCGGCAGGAAAGGGUACAAAUAAGAGCAGCCCGUCCCUUGAAGUAUUGCUUGCUGAAUCAUCUGAUUCUGAAGCACAAAAUUCUGAUCUGGAGGGUAUUGACAGUGGUGCUGGCAUUGGCUCAACUCGACUGUUUAGUACACUCUCAUCCUCAGACGACGAUGCUUCUGCUGCGGAUGAGCCUUUAGUUGAUAUUGCUGACCUGACUACACCAUCAGAACCAUAUACUUCUGCUCUUAAUAAGCCUCUGGUUGACGUGGCUGACUUGACAAACCCUUCAGGGAUAGAUGCUUCUUCAGUGAAUGAGCCUUCAGCUGAUGUGGUUGAUCUGCCACAUACUUCAAACGAGCCUUUGGUCAGUUUGGAUGAUCUGCCAAAACCUCCAGAGACGUCUUUUGGUGGGAGCAGUGGAGAACAUCUUGACAGUCUUAUAUGA